AUGAGGGGAGAGGGGAAUAUGUUCCAAAUGAAGGAACAAGACAAAACCCCAGAAGAAGAACUAAGCAAAGAAGACAUAAGCAAGCUACCCAAUAAUGAGUUCAAGAUCUGUCUCUUCUCCCUGCCCAUCAAGGAAUCUGAGAUCAUUGACUUUUUCCUGGGGGCAUCCCUGAAGGAUGAGGUUUUGAAGAUUAUGCCUGUGCAAAAGCAGACCCGUGCUGGCCAGCAGACCAGGCUCAAGGCAUUUGUCGCCACUGGGGAUGACAAGGGACGUGUCGGUUGGGGUGUUAAGAGCUCCAAGGAGGCAGCCACUGCCACCCGGGGGGCCGUCAUCCUGGCCAAGCUCUCCAUCCCCAUGUGGCAAGGCUACAAGGGGAAUAAGAUCGACAAAUCCCACACCAUCCCUUGCAAGGUGACUGGCUGCUGCAGUCCCAUGCUGGUGCACCUCAUCCCUGCCCCCAGGGGCAGUGGCAUCAUCUCAGCCCCGGGGCUCAAGAAGCUGCUAAUGAUGGCCAAUACUGAUGACUGCAACACUUCUUCCGGGGGCUGCACCGUCACCCUGGGCAACUUCACCAAGGCCACCUCUGAUGCCGUCUCCAAGACCUACAGCCAUCUCACCCGCGACCUCCGGAAAGGGACAGCGUUCACCAAGUCUCCGUAUCAGGCAUUCACUGACCAUCUCAUAAAGGCCCACACCAGAGUUUCCGGGCAGAGGACCCAGCUGGGCUCCAGCCCAGGACCCGGAAUAGUUUUAUAUGCUAAAAAUAAAAUGUCUCCCACCUCCACCUCCCCACCCGCCCCCGCCCCGCCGCGGGCCCUCCCCCCCCUGCACCUGGUGGCGGCCGCGCCGCCGCCUCCCUCCCGAGCGGCCGCGGCGCCCCGGGCGCGGGCGCGCGCCGGAGCCGGCCUGGUGCGGGCGCUGUCGGCGUACAGCGCGCGGCGCUCCUGCUCCCCGGCGGCCGCCCGGCCGCCCUGCAGAUAA